AUGAAAUACGUACCGUACGAAGUGGAACCAACCUUGGGCCGCUGCCUAAACACUUCAUGUGCCGAGAUUGCUCCAUUUGGAAGCAUUCAGGCCUUAGCCUAUCAUAUGUCAGUCAAGCAUCUGAAAAAGGAGAAGAAUGGAAAAGCUAUACCGUGUCUUAUGUGUUCAAAGAAGUUCAUUACGUGGAAGUUUUUUUUCCAACAUAUAAAGAGGAAACAUGGUCAAAUAAAGUCGGAACACAUUGCAUAUCGGAAAAGGGAGGCCGAUGAAUAUGUAGUAAGGAGACGAGCGAAAAAACUCAAAUUGUGUCUGCCAAACGAAGGUACCCGUUCUCGAAGUUUAAGCCCAGAGUGUAGCGGAGUGGUUCGCGAUCAACGUGAACUGAAUGAGUCGGAGUCGCGUGACGCUGAAAACUGCAGUGUUUUAUCAUUUCAAGAAAAUCAUUUCAAAACUAGUGGACCGGCCAGUGAAGAGGUCAUAGAUGAUGCUACUAGUUGUUCAGCUAGUCUCACUCCGGAGACUACACGAAGAGUCGAAAAUAUACAAACUAAAACUAAAAAAAGUCGAAGAAGUUGUACUCCUCCGAAUCUUCCCGAAAAUGCAGAGGAGAAUUGUCGGGCAAUAAACCUUAGGGAGCCAAGGAGGCGUAAGAUUCCGGCUCGAUAUAGAGAUGACGAUAUUUUGCUUUUUGGUUUGGAUGAGGUCAUGGAAUGUAUACUGUCUGACGUUGUGGAAAUGUUUUCUCAUGAGGUUGUGAAUCAUGUGCUAUCUGAUGCUGUCGAUAUGUCUUCCCGUGAGGUCAGAACUAUUCAUUCGUCGUUCUGGUUCAAAGUUUUAUGA